ACUGCUCACAUGUCAUUUGAAAAGGAAUUCUAGAUUUCCGAUUUCUUCACAAAUCAGUAAUUGUUCAAUAACAAUUUAUUUAUUUUAAAUAACUUUAUAACAGCGCCCUACGCCCAUUUGUAAGCUAGCCAGAUGAUGGUUCUAAGAUCACUUUGCUCAAGGGGAUGCCAGCCCUUUAAACGAUACCAUAGACUAUUUGCGACAAGCACAAGCUCGACUAUUUCUUCGGCUUCUAAAGCAACUCCUCUUUCAGAACCAUUACCUGGACUUCCUAAGCCUAUUUUUGCCACAGUUGGGUCGACUAGUCAUGAAACCAAAAUUACGGUUUUGGAAAAUGGUCUGAAAGUUGCAUCAGAGAACAGAUAUGGAAAAUUUUCCACAGUUGGAGUUGUAAUUGAUUCAGGCUCCAGAUAUGAAGUGGCAUAUCCUAGUGGAGUUUCACAUUUCCUGGAAAAAUUGGCUUUUGGAGCCACACAGGAAUAUGGAGACAGAGACAAAAUCAUGCAAGUUUUGGAAAAACAUGGAGGCAUUUGCGAUUGUCAAUCAUCUAGGGACACAUUCAUCUAUGCUGCCUCCAUUGAAACAACAGCCCUAGAUACUGCCAUUCAAGUAUUAGGUGAAGUUAUUUUACGGCCAAAACUAACUCCGCAAGAGAUUGACGAUGCACGCCUUGCGAUUUCUUUUGAAUUAGAAAAUAUGGAUAUCCGUCCCGAACAAGAACCUCUACUCUUGGAAAUGAUUCACGCUGCUGCUUACAGAGACAACACGUUAGGUCUGCCGAAAGUUUGCCCCCAAGAAAACGUGACGAUGAUAGACCAGUCCAUAAUUUACAGCUUCCUCAAUAGCCACUACGAUCCAUCGAGGAUGGUUCUUGCUGGUGUAGGUGUAGAGCAUGAGGCUUUAGUCGAAUGCGCUCAGAAGCACUUCGUUGAAAAGAAACCUAUUUGGAUGCAAGAUAGCUCUCUAGUUCUACCUGGCCGGCGUGAGAUCGACCGUUCAUUAGCUCAAUAUACUGGCGGAAUGGUUAAGGUGGAAAAGGAUUUGUCUGACGUGAGUCUCGGCCCUAAUCCCAUGCCGGAAUUGGCCCACAUUGUACUAGGACUUGAAAGCGGUUCCCAUCAGCACGAUGAUUUUGUAGCUCUCUGCGUUCUCAGUAUGAUGAUGGGUGGUGGAGGCUCGUUCUCGGCUGGGGGCCCUGGUAAAGGAAUGUACACUCGACUUUACACAAAUGCCUUGAACAGAUAUCAUUGGAUGCAUAAUGCGACAGCAUACAAUCAUGCUUAUGCUGAUUCGGGCGUUUUCUGCAUUCAUGCUGCAUCACACCCAUCACAACUUAGAGAGCUAGUAGACGUUAUCACGCGCGAGUUUGUCGCCAUGGCUGGAAUCAUUGAAGAUUCUGAGUUGGCAAGGGCGAGGAAACAAUUGCAGUCAAUGCUCCUUAUGAAUCUAGAGAGCCGACCUGUAGUUUUUGAAGACAUUGGACGACAAGUUCUAGCUACUGGUAAACGGAAGCGAACUGAAGAGUUCAUCGAUAAGAUCCGUUCCAUCACAGCCGAAGAUAUUCAGAGAGUCGCUAGUCGAAUGCUGCGCACCAAGCCUUCAGUUGCCGCGCUUGGUGAUUUACGAAAACUCCCAGAAUACCAGUCAAUCGAAUCUGCUCUAUCCAGUGCUGACGGGAAGCUUCCUCGGCGAGGAAGGUUUUCAGUUUUCCACUGAUGUUAGACGUUUUGUUACCAAGGCUAUAAUCAUCUUUAAUUCUGUUCGGAAGUUGUGAGGUGGAAAACAUUGAUAACGAGUCGUCAAAUCAACUAUGUAACAGUUGGAGAAUGAUAUAUUCGGUUGUACAUCGUGACCCCUAGUUUUUGUGCGUUUUAAUAAACAACUUUUUCUCUA